UCCAGUCGCUAUGGCAACGUGGCCCGCGCUCUAGGUGUGGCGGGCGAAUAUUGGCGCUCAGAAUCCAGGGGACCCCAGUGCGAGCUGGCCGGGUUCUCGGUCGCGCGCCGGGAGGCGAAGCGGGUUUCCCUGGGGCCUGCCGGGCGGCGCACGCGUGCCGCCAUGCUGCCACCAUGUUCAGAGCGGGAACUGAGUGAGCUGCUGGCUCGCAAGGAGGAGGAGUGGCGAGCUCUGCAGGCCCACCGCGCCCAGCUGCAGGAGACAGCUCUACAUACGACGCAGAAACAUCUGGAGGAGACCCGAGGGCAGCUGCAGCGCCUGCAGGAGGAUUUUGUGUACAACCUUCAAGUGCUGGAGGAGCGGGACCGUGAGCUGGAGCGCUACGAUGUUGAAUUCACCCAAGCCCGCAGGCGGGAGGAGGCCCAGCAAGCAGAGGCCAGUGAGCUGAAGAUAGAGGUGGCCAAGCUGAAGCAGGCCCUCUCCAGGGAAGCCAGGCACGUGGAGGAGUUGCAGCGUCAGCAUGAGCGAACAUUGCAGGAGCAUCACUUGGAGCUCGAGCGUGUCCGCAGUGACAGGAGGAAUGAAAUUGACCACCAGCAGGAGCAGUAUGAGAAUCUGAAAUGGAAGCUGGAGAGAAAACUGAGGGAACUUGACGGUGAACUUGCUCUUCAAAGACAGGAGCUGCUGCUGGAGUUUGAGUCUGAGAUGCAGAGACGGGAACACGAGUUCCAGCUGAGGGCAGAUGACAUGAGCAAUGUGGUCUUGGCCCAUGAGCUCAAGGUGAAGCUACUGAACAAAGAGCUGCAGGCUCUGAGAGAAGCUGGGGCACAGGCCACAGAGAGUCUGCAGAAGGCAGAGGCAGAACACAUGGAGUUGGAGAGGAGGCUCCAGGGCCAUGCCCUGGAGCUCCAGAAUCUGGAGGCCGUGAAGGAUGCUCGGAUAAAGGACUUGGAGGAGAAGCUUCACUCUGUACAGCUGGCCAGUAAGAGAGCCGAGGACACCAUCAGGAGGAAACAUGAAGAGCUUGAUCGUGAAGCCAGGGAGAAAGACACAGUGCUGGCAGCAGUGAAGGGCGCCCAUGCAGAGCAGCUGCGAGCGCUGGAGGCCAGGGUGCUGCAGCUCCAAGCCCACUGCGAAACCCUGGAGGGGCAACUGCGCAGGGCCGAGUGGACGCGAGCUGAUGAUGCCAAAGAAAAGAAAGCUCUUAUUGACAAACUUCAUGAAGACGCGGCAGCUUUGAAAGCUGCCUGGGAUGCCCAGAUCACUCAGAUGUCCAAGGAGGCUGUCUCCAAAGACCUUCAGGUCCAGAUGCUGCAGGAAGAAGAGGGGAAGCUCAAGGCACAGGUGGCCAGGUUCCAGAAGGACAUAGACAGGUACAAGCAUCAACUGUCCCUGGCAGUGGAAAGGGAACAGAGGCUGGAGCGCGACCAGGUGCAGCUGGGCCUAGACUGGCAGCGCCGUUGCGAUGAUGUUGAGCGAGACCAGAUCCAGAAAUCAGAGACUUUGAUCCAAGGGCUGACUAAGGCCAGAGACCAGGUUGCUGCUAAGCUCCAGGAGACAGAGAAGGCACUGCAUCAGAAAGAGACGUUGCUGAAGGCUGUGUCACUGGAACGAGACCAGGCCGUGGAGACUCUGCGGACACACGGGCUAGUCCCCGGACAGGAGGCACAGGUACCUCCACAGCAGCAUGAAGGAGAAAUGAGGGAAGAGUCUCCAUCUAGUGACAUCCAGAGGCUGCAGGAGCAGAAUGCGAGUCUGCGGAACGCUGUUGCACAGAUGAGGCGAGAGAUGGAGAUGCUGAGCGGCCAUCUUCCUUCUGCUCAACCGGAAGAGUGCUCGGAGCCAAGCCCUGAUCCCCAGGCUGGAGGAGAUCAGGCCCCUCCGGAUUAUGUUCUGGCGCUUGAAGCAGAAAUGCAGAACCUAAAGCGUAAGCUGAAAGCCCUGGAAGAGCAGCAGCAAGGUGUCGGAGAGCCAGUGACAGCGGCCUUGCCCGCUGCCGGUCCACAGCCUGCUGGUCCACAGCCUGGUGCCCACAGCUCCGCAGACACAGCAGGAGCGGCUUUGACAGGCCAGGCAUCUGUUGCAUUAGCACUCAGAAAACUCGGAGACAGAGUGCAUCUCUUGAACUUGCUGGUGACACAGCUCAAAAAGAAGCUGUGGCAGAAGCCCCUGGAGUCGGCCACUGUCCUGCACGAGCUCCCCAGUGACGUGGGCCAGGUGCACCUGGAGGUUUGGGAGCUGCAGAAGCAGGUGGCUGAGCUACAGAAGCAUCUCAAGACACCCCAGCCCCAAGGAGAGCCUUCUCCCAGGGAGCAGCCACAGAGAGAGGGCCUGACUAACUGGAGACCCAUGAUCACAAAGGACCAGACGGAGUUCCCUAGUCUCCCCCAGGAAGGGGCUCAGCCUCCACAGACCAUAUCAGUGCGGCAUCUGCAAAGGAAGCUGAAGGAUGCAGCUAAGAAGAUACGCAGCCUCAGCCUAGAGAAGGAGCAGCUCCUGGAAAUGGGGAACAGACUCCGAGCAGAGCGGGGCCUCCCUAAAGGGAAACUGACUUCUUGCCCGCUUCCUCCCACCUCUGAGUCCCGGGACCCCCGUGAGGUGCCAGAGGUGCCUUUGGACCGUGGCCUACCUUUGGGACAGCUGCAGCCCCACUCAACAACUCAGGACCCCAGGCACACCAAGAGAAAAUGUGUUUCUGGAUAUGCAGGGAAAGAUCAACCACACUCCGCCCACGCGGUCAGCAAAAGCAGCACCGCACGAGGCUCCAAGGCGGACGUGGCAUGUACCCACGCGGUCAGCAAAAGCAGCACCCCACAAGGUUCCAAGGCAGGCGUGGCAUCAAGGCCUGCUCAGAGACAGCACAGAGUCCCCACAGAGACCCGGAAGUCAACACAUCAGAAAGAAAACAGGUCCCCAAAGCUGCCAGCACAGGUUCAAGAAGUCCCCGAGGAAAGUGACCACCACGGAUCAUCUUCGCUAGCCAGCAGUUCCCUGCAGGACACCUGGAAGCUGUUGGACCUGGGAUCCAGCUUUUCGGGUGUCCCCUCUCAGGAUGAUUCCGCUGCAGCAGGCCUGCAUACCUUAGCUCCUGUGGGGAGCCAGAGUGUCCCAUGCCAUGAUCAUAGAGCCCUGAAGGUCCCCCGGGCUCCUUAGGAGAGAGUGCUCUGCUUCUCUAGAAGAGCCAGCGAUGGUCGCAGUGAAAUUAUUAGGAAAACUUCUCUAAAGGCUCACUUUGGGGGAACUGUUUGAAAUGAUACCAAGCAAAAAGGGUGGAGGGAGAAAAAGUGAUUUCAAAAUCUAAGCCAGACAAAACGAACAAAAAGCCUGGCAUGGUUGUGCACAACCUCAAUCCCAGUACUCAGGAAGCAGAAGCAGACAGAGCUCAGUGAGUUUGAGGCCAGUCUGGUCUACAGAGUGAGUUCCAGGAAAGCCAGGGCUACAUAGAGAGACCCUGACUCAAAAAUGAAAAAAAAAAAAGUCAUAGUCAGUGACAUCAUGUUGGGGUAUAAGAGUUCCACAAUCACCCGAAAUGGAGUAUAUAAGAAAGGUUUGUUUACAUGGGGAUAAACUCACAAAAAGGGGACAAUUGCAGUUCUCUGCAUGCCCUGGGAACUGGAACCGAAUCCAGCUUCCAAGAGGCCCAUGCGUGCUUUUCAUCUAAAUUGAUAGUACAUGAGACCACACCCAAAGUGGGUCAGUAUCUUUUUUUUUAACUAUAAACUGAUUGGCCCAUUAGCUCAGGCUUCUUAUUAACUCUUAUAACUUAUA